GAGCGAUACUCAUCAAUGUCUGUGUGCAAAAAUAAUUUAGAAAUGCAAAAAUAAAAGUUUUUUUCAUCUCAAAAAGAGAAAGGGAAAAAAGUCCGUUUGGGUUUGGGUUCGUCAACUAACGGCGUUAAGUGGACUGGUCAAUUUGACAUGUACUUUUGGCGGACUUUUUAACAUCGUUAGUUCACUGCGCUAAUCUAGAGAGGUGAACCGAACAUCGGAAAAUGGGCAACGAUGAUCUGAACGGCGAUGCAGAAGAAGAAGAAGUAGUAAAGGCACUUCUCCGGGACGCUUUCGGAGAAUCCUCCUCAUCAUCGUCAGCUGAAGACGACGAAGAUGUAAAGAACCCUGGAGGAGGAGCAGCAUUAAUCCCUAAUUGGGAAAAAAUCAGGGAGAUCGAUGGGUUAUGGAUAUGCAAAGACUUCCUAUCUCCCGACCAACAAUCUUCUUUGCUCUCUUCAAUAAACAAAGAAGGAUGGCUGAACGACGCCUCUAGCAACCAGGCUAUGAGAUUUGGAGAUCUUCCCAGGUGGGCUGUUGAACUUUCGGAUUCGAUACGGGAGGCUGUUUUCUUCAGUCAUGGUCUCACGGAAUCAGCAGGCGUAGCAAAUUGUGAUCCAAGUGAAGAAGGGUCUCCCUUUCCAUCAGAUUUGCUGUGGAGGGAACCACUGUUUGAUCAACUUAUUAUGAACACAUAUGAACCAGGCGAGGUCUGUAGUAGCAUUCCUUCUUCAAUUUUUCCAGAAAGUAGUUCCGUCUCUGCUCCAACCGCCUGUUUUGAGUGUUCUGUUUGUUAGCAAAUGCAUAGAUUACCUGUUGGCAAAUUUUGAUCUUAUUCUGGAAGUGGAAACUCUGUUGAACUAAUAAAUGUUGAGGAAAAAAAAGAAAAGGAACUAAAAAUGACCUGCAUAAUUGAUAAGAUGCGAGUAAGCAUAUGAUCAAUGUAGGGCAUAAAAGCAAAAGGAAGUGAGAGAAACUUACUAUACAUUGUUAUUCUCUAAUUAGUAUAAAACAUGUUUCAAGUGGUGCUUGGUAACUUUCUGCUUAAUUGUUUUGGACUACAUUCAUAUAUUUAUUACUUGCCUAAUGCAGGGGAUCUGCGCUCAUGUGGAUCUUAUGCGGUUUGAAGACGGAAUUGCCAUAGUUUCUUUGGAAUCAUCCUGUAUCAUGCAUUUUACUCCAGCUGACAACCGUGACUCGAGUAAUUCCCAUAGUGAAAAGAUUCCGGUGUAUCUAAACGAAGGAUCGCUUGUGUUGAUGAGUGGAAAGGCACGGUACCACUGGAAGCACGAGAUUAAUAGGAAGCCUGGGUUUCAGGUAUGGAAAGGAAGAGAAAUUGAUCAGAGGAAGCGAACCUCCAUAACUUUGAGGAAGCUUUGUCCCACCGCUGCAUCAUGAAAACAUGUAAUGAUCAUCUUCCCUGUCCGCUUCAUUUUUUGGUAUUUGAAAUUCAAAUGUCAUUGCCAGGUAGUAUUUGUUUCGAAGAUUUUUGCGUCAUUUACACAUACCAAAUUAUAUGAAUGUCGAAGCCAGUGUGAACAACACACACAAAUUGAUUAAACAAGAGUAGUUCUUUUUUACCAAAAGUGAAAAAAAUAAAAUAAAAAUCUAGGCACACAUAUACUUACUAUUACAUUACAAUAUGCUUAGGAAAACCAUAAUAAAAUUCUUCAACCAAAAAAAGUGGGAUAACACCUAACUAAUUGAUUUCUCAAUGGUAAACAAGCUUAAAGUUUACUAGUGACAACAUGAGUGGCCAUAACAAACAAGGCUUAACUAAAUCCCCAGCAAUUGGAUUUAUUGUUUUGAAGCUCCUCAUGCACCCAACCAGAAGUCCAAAGACAGCAGCACAAACCACCAAGCCGAGCUUAUUCGCCCCGGCCCUAAACACAAUCGGAUCCCACGAUAAGCCUGAAGCAACCGCACCCAAACACAGAAGCAAAGCCGUGGGAUUCCGAUGAAACCCACCCUCAACCCAAACCAACCAGGCAGACAGCCCGAUGAGAGAUGAAGCAACCAAACAAGCCGAGUGCAAAGCCCAAAGCGGCGGAUACCAAAAGGGCUUCUCCAUGGUAGCGUACUUGAUAUUGGAACCGAACAGGGCAAUGUCCAGAAGAGUCAGAGAAAGCGGGAGGCCAACGGCAAGGCCCAGUGAUCGGAGCCCACGCUUGGCCAUGACACUCCUCUUUUGUCCCUUCAUGUGUGCGGGAUCUUGGGCUUCUUUGUGUUCUUGUUCUGUAGUAGUGGCGGUGGUUCUGUGUUUGAGCUGUUGAUCUUCUGAAGAAGAAACAGAAGCCAUGAUGAUGAUGAUGAUGUUGUUGUUGAUGAUGGAUCGAUAGAUGAUUAUUGAUUGAAUGAAAUGUGAGUUUUGGGGAGGUUUUGGCAAACAGUACGAGGAAGAAGUGGAAAGAUCAAAGGUUGGGAGGGAAUUGAGGAGAGUGUUUGACGAUUUUUAUGAGAGAAAAGAUGUGAUUUUUGAGGGAGAUGGGAAGUUUCUUUUUGGAGGGGAUUAAGGAGGACACAUGCCCGGACAGAUGUUUGAAAUGUGUGGGUUGAUAUAACACGUGGGGAAAAGUACUGCCAGCAUUGCAGCUUCUUCAGGAUUUGGUCGUCAUCUCUUUCUGGUUACUUUCCUGAAAUUUUCAUACCUUUUGCUGAUGAGUCAGUGUGGAUUGUAAUGCGGGAUGAUGAUAACUUGUUUUCCAGGGGUGGUAACAACUGAUUAAGAUUUAAAAUCACGAUGGAGUGAGUAAUUGUGAUCUCUCAACAAAGAACAACUGUUACACUCGAACCGUCAGGAAGAAUGUUCAUGUUAUUAUCAUCUAUUUUAAUUUUAAUUGCGG